AUGGAUGAUGAUAUAUGUUCAAAUUUUGUUGUUUUGAGGAAUUAUUUACUUGAUAAUUUGGGAGAAGCACCAAAAUUUUUUAAUGAUUUUAAUAAUGCCAAUAAGUACUGCCCUAAUAAAUACUGCAAUACCGAUCUUGAUAAAAUUACGGCUGGAUUUUUAUGGUUGUUUGAACAAUAUUUUACUAAAUACCCAAAUAAUGACAAUAAUGUAAAUGUUAUUAAACCAUUUUUUCUAUAUAUUAUUUCAUGGUUAAGUUACAAAUUAAAUCAAAAAUCAGAGUACAAUUUCACCACAAUAAACGAUUUUUAUACUAAACAUGUAAAUGAUAAUCAAAAGUAUACUAGUCUUAUAACAAAUGACAAUACUUGUACAAAACUUAAGGAAAUCAUAGAUAAAAGAAAGGAUUUUUUGGAAAUUAAUAUUGAAGAUAUGGCUAAAUUUUAUGAUGCAUUCAAAUUUUUAUGUAGUAUGUAUGAUAAUGUUGAAAGAAAUGAAUAUGACAAAAUUGUAGAUAAUGCUAUUCAUUUUGUUAACAAGUAUACAGAUAUCAACGAUUAUUAUAAUGUUGAAGGUACCACACAUAGUCAAAUAUUGUUUACUUUAUUAACUGAUUACAAUAAUUUUAAAGCUCAACAUUCUAGCAAAAUUAAUAAUUCUAAAGAAUUACCAAAUCUUCCAACAGGAAGAGCAACAAAAUCAUUUUUACGAAAUUCAUCAAUAAAAAUUUCAUUAAUCCCAAUGACAUUUAUUUUUUUUGCAUUACUUGUAUAUUUAGGAAUUGUGUAUAAGCGUUUAUCAUUUGACUUUCGGAAAAUGCUUCAAAAACUCAAUCUAAGAAUCAAAAAAAUAAAGAGGAAAAUAAAUCAUUAA